CCUGUCGUUCCAUUGAACAUAACAAAAAAAAAACUUAUACUAUGCGCUCCCAGAAUCUGUUCUUCAUUUUGGCUGCCUUCGGUUGCCUCUUCACUGUCGUUUUGUCGCAAUCCAACUGCAAUCGCUGCAUGACAAACAACGUUGCCUGCGUGAAUCAAACGCACUUUAAGUACUGCAUGGACUCAACUCCCGUUGAUAAUGGCAUUUUGUACUGUGGAGCUGGCAACGUCUGCACGGAUUUGGCCAUAAUCUGUGUAGAUGAGUCAGUUGCUUCGCCAGUUUGCACAGAUGAAGAUGUCGACUGCAGGUCUUGCGAUGGCUCCUCGCUGUUUGUCUGCACCAGUCAAACGACCUUCCAAAUGUGCAACGGCACAGCGUUGACUGGCGAUGCUCUCACUUGCCCCACGGACACUUAUUGCUCCAUCGAUUCCGGCGAAUUCUGCGUCAAGGAAUGCAAAUUGCCCAAUGGCAAAUUCGAGUGCAAUCAAGUGGCAGCCUAAACUAGAUUAAAUCAAAACAAAAAUGUAAUGCAAUAGUACACAAAUUUGAAAAUAAAUAAAUAUUAAAUAG